AGCAUGGCUGGGUUUUGAGGUAUGAGAAAUAGUUGUUAAAAACUCAAGCUCCCUUUACAAUCAUUUCAGUUUCCGAAUCUUCCCAACCCCAAACAAUGGUUGUUGCCGAGCAGCAAGAAGCUCAGACUGAGAAAUACACAAACGUUUUGGAGACGUCCCGACUUCGUCCCGAUGUCGAACCGUUCGUACCAAAAUCCCAAAACGGUCAACCCUACUAUGUAAUGGGUAAUGGUGGUUUCUCGCUUGAUGCUCCGGAGUUCAUCCCAAACGUGUACGCAAGCAACGGUGAGAUGUACACGUGGGUUCCAAACCAGUUCAUCGUAGCGCCGGCAACCAACCAUCCCCGCUUCUCCAUUCCCCGAUUUCGGGACAAGUUCAUGAGACAGCAUCGUAACCGGAACAACAACAACAACAACAAUAACAACAACAGCAGUAACAAUAAUGGCAACAACGGCCGUCAAAAUUACAAUAACAGUCACAAUGGGAGAUACGAGAACAGUGAUCAAAGGGACAACAAUUACCACCAGCAACACCGCACUUACAACAAGAUUGAACAACGCAACAACAAGUCGCGUGAGAGUAAUGGUGGUCCCCCACUUACCCCAGCCGCACCCCAGAAACCAAUCAAAAUCGAGAAAAAGAAGGACAACAAAGAUAAAACCAGUAACCAAAACAGCAACAAUUAUAAGGGCAAUACAGAAGUGAUAGAUGACCUGAUAACGCCUGUCGUAGUACCCGAUAUCGAUGAAGGUGUCAUGAGUUACCGGGCAGCGCUCAUUGGGAACGAACCUCCAAAACUAGAAAACAGCAACAAGCCUGUUGCUGAGCCUCUCCCGACCAAAGUAGAAUCCAAUAAAGCGGAGCCUGAGCAGCCCCAACUGAUGGCAGAUCGAGAGAGACCGUCACGCGAGCGCAGUGACAGAAGGAGCGAGAAGUUUGUCCCAGCGGAAUCAGAGCGGGAGGGCUUCAAUAAACCGCACUAUAACGGACGGGGUGGUGGCCGGCCUAAACCUACCAAAGGCUCCGAGAUUCAGCUCAACAUUUUCUCGCUUGUACAGGACAAAAAAGUGAAGAAGAAGAAGCUUCCCAGAGCUAAGGAAGACGAUAAAGAAGCUAAAGAUAAGGCAGCAAAUCAACUCGACUCCUCCGCACCUGCCGUAAAACGCGGAAAGGAGAGGGAAGAAGGCAAACCCAAGAAACUUUCCAAAAUGAAGAAGAUAAUUACGAAGGAGAAAUCUGAGAUUAGCGAGAACGGGGACGACACCAAGACCCCGAUAUCGCUCCCCGAGUUCUGCUGUCAGACCGUUACGACAGAACUGAACAGCAGCCUCUCAGCAUUCCUUUCCCAGCUCCGCGAAUACAACGACAAAGCUUACCGUACAGGCUCAUCUCACAAACGGCGGUACUGUUGCGGAUUGAGAGAGGCCCGAAAAUACCUCAAGUUGAACAAAGUCAAGUGUAUUAUUAUUCCUCCCAACAUUGACAAAAUUGUAUCCAAAGGUGGGUUGUACGAUUGUGUACACGACAUAGUCCACCUCUCAUCCGAGCAAAACGUUCCCAUUUUCUACGGACUAAACAAGACAAAGAUCUCCAAGAUCCUCGCCCGACCCAAAAGCACGAUAACCAGUGCUGUUUCAGUAUUCAGCUACCACGGCGCAGAGGUGUUGUGGCAGGACGUGCUGCACAACGUGGCAAUAGCACGUGAGCGCUACCAAAACGAGUCAGCAGAUCAGGAGACGGUCAAGGCUGAGUCAGAUGAAGGAUCCUCGGACGAAGGAGAAGAAUUCGAGGACGACAAUAACGACGAGGAUGAUCUGAUGGUAGAUCUGGUGAACGAAUCAGCUGACAACGACUCAGUUUCCAGCUCGUUUGUAGACAGUGGAAUAGAGAAUAACGAGAUCAGCUCGUUGAGUAUAGAAAACGGUCACACUUCUGGGGAGGGCUGACGGGGGUUCGUGUUAGAGAUACAGACAGUUAUCAGGGUUUUCUAGCUACGGUAGAGUUGAGUGUUCCGGGCCGGGCCCCAGGUGCCUACCUCAACACUUAGUGAACAUGUUGGGGUGUAGUGUGCACCUUAAUUACCAUCCAGGGACGAUGUGACAUUCCAAGAUCAAGUUCCAAUAAUAACAGCCAAUACUCCUUCAUAAUACUCCUCGAAACAAGUUUCACUGGCUCUCCAGACCACAACACUUCGGUUUUCGUAGAUUUGUGUUUUUGUAAAUGAAAAUCAGUUGUUUUUAAAAAGAAGUUACGAA